AUGCCUCACAGACAUCGGCCUGUCGACGUUGAGGAUGACGAGGGUUACGUGAAGGACCUGUAUCUCAGGCUGGACAAGAUCCGCAUUGCGUCCCUGCGGGCAGAAGCUCGCCGUGCAUUGAGUGAACAGAUUGCUUCUCGGCCACACAUCCGCGUACGGCGCUGCACCGUGGUCUAUCAGAAGCCGUCGGGCGAAUUUUGCAAAUACUAUAUCAACAAAAUCGUCUCAUUCAACACGACCUAA